AAUAAUUGACAUAUAUGGAAUAGGAUAGUGUUUCUAUUUUAUGUGAAUAAAAGGAGAGAAAAAUUAAGUAAUUGCAAAUGAUCUACUUAGAGUAAUCUUGAUUGGAGAUCAAUCUGUAGGUAAAAGUAAACUAAUGGAAUGUCUUUUGAAUAUUGAAUCAAAAGUUAAUGAUAAAUAAAUAUAAUCUGUAGAUUUCUUCAUUUCCAGAAUUCUAUUACCAAAUAAAACAACAUAAAAGAUUCAUGUAUGGAUUACUUCUGGAGAAAUAAAGAAUAUGUUUUUAUAUAAAAUUGAUGUUUAGUGCCAUGAUUAGAGCAUUUCUGCUUUAGAGUAACAUUUAUAUCAUAGCAUUUUCAUUAAAUAAUAUGAUAACCCUUGAAAAUGCAUUAAAUACAUGGUUUUAAUAAUGUGUUAAAAAUGCUAAACAAACAAAUGCAUAUUAUUAUUUUUUAGGAACUAUGGGUGAUCUUGAAAGGAAAUGUCCAUAAUAUAAUGAGAUAAUAAAUUAAAUAAAUGAAAAAUGUAUAGAAUAUAAGCUAGCAGUAUUUGGUUCAAAAAAGACUCAUCCAAUAAAUGGAAUUCGUUAAUCUGAAAAAUGGAAUGAUGAUCAUAUUAUAGAGUUUGCAACUAAAAAACUACCAUAAAAUGUUUAUUAUUCAGAAUGCUCAGCAACUGAAAAUUUAGGAAUGGAUAGAAGUAUGAGUAUAUUUACAAAACUAAUAAUGUCUGCUAUGGAUAUUUAAGAUAAAUUAAAUGGAAUAGUUAAGAUUACUGAAUAAUCAACAAAUACAUAACCUUAAUUAUAAUCUGCUUAAGAUAAAAAACCUUCAGUUAAGAUUGAAAUUUAAUAGCAACCUCAAGAAAAAUAAGAAAAAAUGUGUUGCAAAAUAUUUUGA